UACACGGCUGUGGUGGUGUGCGUGUUACUGGCGGCCGUGGUGGUCGUCCUGAUCACCAUCGUCCUCGUCAUGUGUCGGCGACAUCGUCAGCUACAGAGGAGGAGGAGCAGCUCGGCUGCAAAGUCUGGUUCUCGCUCACGACUUGGUUCAAACAGAGCUGGCCACUACAGAUCCCAACUCUCAUUUUCAGGGUCAGAGACGGUGGAAAUGAAGAGGGAGCUAGGAGGAGGAGGUGGAGGAAGAGGAGGUGAAGGAGUGCCCAUUAUCGGAGCCCAGGACACCAGGUAUGGCUCUGAGCAAGAGGCACGGAAGGGCAGUCUUGACACGAGAAGUUCCAUCGGGAGUCGCUCGGCGUCGACUGAGAAGAGCAACUCGCUCCCACGGAAAAACUCCCUCCAGCACAAGUAUGCCGAGAUAGACACUGUCGAAAUGUCACAGUCUGCCCCCCACCACAAUGGCGGGAGU